CUAAGGAAGAAGGAAUCCUGUCCAGUUUGCUGAAGUAACAAAAAUUGGCACAAGUGAGAGAGAAAGAAGUUGUAUUUGCAACAGGGGAAGGAAACCACGCAGACAGCUGGAAAGAUCCCACUUCCUUAGGGAACGGCCAUUCCAGAAGGGUGAAGGAUGCUGCACAGGGCCAUCUUCCUCCUGUUUCUCCAUUUAGUCAUGUGCUCCAUCUCUUCUCCUCUCUAUCCAGCUCUCAGGUACAAUCCACGGCCCGUCUCUACCAACGCGGUGAGCUUUCAGCUUCAGGAUGGCAGUCCAGUGCAGAACAACAAUCUCUCUGUGGAGCAGCAGGAGGAGGAAGGUUUUCUAACCAACCCUGCUGAAAAAAGGAUGCAGCGUCAUGCCGAUGCCAUAUUCACUAACCAAUACCGGAAAGUCUUGGGCCAGAUUUCUGCCCGGAAGAACUUACAAACCAUUAUAGGCAAACGGCUGGGACAAGUGAUGGAGAAACUGCUUGUAAAGAUCCUGUCUGCAGAGCGCUAUUCUAGCAACCAUUCUUGUUCUUUGCAUAAUCGAAGCAGUGAACGCAGUCCAGCAGAAGGGAAGCAUGAAUUUUUGACUAGACGCCAGUCUGAGAGCAUCUUGAUGGACAGCCGCUACCACCAGCAGAUGGUAUUAAGGAAUUUCUUGGGAGCCAUAUUGCAGAAUCAGAGGCCUCCGGAUGUCAACAGUUAUCAUGUAGAGGACUUCGACACCCUCACCAAGCUCAUGAAAUUGUAAAUCUCUCCCCCUUCUCUUC